AUGUCCUGUAAGUAUCCCAAUCGCAUACCGCAUCCCAAGGCCUCCUCCUCCUCCUCAGACAUCUAAGUGCUUGUAACAACAGCCAAACACUUCGUCCACGACCCAACACACCUCGUCUCCAGCGCCCUCCAAUCCAUAACCUACACGAACCCAAACACAGCGUUCGACCCGGAAAAUAAAGUCGUCUACCUCCGUCCCGACGCCGUCGCAGCGCCCAAGGUCUCCCUCAUCUCCGGCGGCGGUUCAGGCCAUGAGCCUUCUUUCGCCGCCUUCGUCGGCCCGGGUCUGCUCAGCGCUGCCGUGGCAGGCACCAUCUUCGCGUCGCCCUCCGCGGAACAGGUGAGGAGAUGUAUCCUCGAGAGGGUCGAGACAGCCAAGGGCGUGUUGGUCGUGGUGAUGAAUUAUACGGGAGACGUGUUGAAUUUUGGAAUGGCGGUGGAGAAGGCAAAAGCCGCGGGCUUGGACGUCGAGAUGGUGGUCAUGGGCGACGAUGCGGGCGUGGGCCGGGCGAAGGGAGGCAAGGUCGGCCGGAGAGGGAUUGCUGGCACGGUACUCAUCCACAAAAUCGCGGGAGCACUCGCGGCACAGGGAGCGAGUCUGAAAGAUGUGCAUGGAGUGGCCCAGGCGGUUGCAGACAACACUGUCUCCAUUGGCUCUUCGCUGGCUCACGUACACGUUCCGGGGCGUGGAGAGACAGAAGAGGAGCUCAAGCAGGACGAAAUCGAAAUCGGAAUGGGUAUCCAUAACGAACCGGGCUCCGAGCGAACUUCGGCAGAUCUGACCAAGACCGUUGGCACGAUGUUGAAGUACAUGCUGGACCAGAAUGACAGGGAUCGCGCUUUCCUGAAGGUGAGCAGCUCAGAUGAGACGGUGCUCUUGGUCAACAACCUCGGAGGUGUAUCUGUGCUGGAAAUGGGGGGCAUCACCACGGAAGUCGUCCACCAGCUGGAGAAAGACUACGGUAUCAAGCCUGUCCGGAUCCUUUCGGGAACUUUCAUGACUUCGCUCAACGGACUCGGCUUUUCGAUUUCGCUGCUCAAGUUGACAAAUCUCGGAGUCGGCAAGCCGGUACUAGAGCUCCUGGAUGCGCCCUCGGAAGCCGCAGGCUGGUCUGCGGCGGUGAAUACAAAGACUUGGGCCAAGCCACCCUCCCAGACACGCGAUGCUGGUCGCGGCGCGGGCGGAGAGAACAAGCCAUGUGGCCUCGAACUCGACCCAGCAGCAGCCACCAAAGCACUCAACCAUGCUCUGGACAAGCUCAUCACAGCCGAGCCAGAUAUCACCCACUACGACACGGUCGUCGGCGAUGGCGACUGCGGUAUUGGUCUGAAGCGCGGCGCAGAAGGAAUCCAGAAGCACCUCAACGGAGCAUCGAGCCAGAAGGACGCUGCUCUGUACCUGGACAAGAUCAUCGACAUCGUGGAAAUGGAGAUGGACGGCACCUCUGGUGCUCUAUACGCAAUCUUCCUCAAUGCUCUCGCAGCUGGCCUUCGAGAACAAGGAAACGGAAACAGACCAGCAGAUGCCAAAGUCUGGGCCAACGCUCUCGACCAUGCCAUGAAAGCUCUCAGCCGAUAUACACCAGCCAAGCCUGGGGAUCGAACGCUCGUCGAUGCGCUUGCGCCAUUCGUGGAGCAACUGAGCUCGACGGGAGACGUGCAGAAAGCGGCACAGGCAGCGGAGAAGGGAUCGCGAUCGACACAGGGAAUGCAGGCUAGCUUGGGCCGAACCGUGUAUAUAGGAGGUAGUGGUUUCGAGGAAGUCCCAGACCCCGGUGCGUAUGGACUGUCGCAAUUCUUGACUGGUCUGGCCGAAGCGCUGCGAUAA